AGAGCAUUCUGCAACUCCAAAGAUUUCUCAAGUUCCUCUUCAUUUAAGCAUAAUCAUUUCCAGAGAGACACCAAAAAUGUUCAACAAAAUCAAGAAGGUGCUAAUSCUGGCAUUCAACUGGAUUCUAUACGCUGUUGGUGAUACCAAUACCUGCCAAGUCACCGUAAUGCAGCCCAGGUACAAGGAAGCUGAGGAAUCUGCGGACACCGUCACCCUGCCAUGCACGUUCUCUGCCCUGGGAUGCUCGCCGGUCGAGCCUCAAGCUCUGUGGUUUCGCUUUUUUACUAACAGGCAUGAAGAUCUGUGUACCCCGAAAUGCACAGAUGCUCACAAGUUCCAAGUAYACUCAUCGCCAAAGAGUGUUUCACUUCAGAUCAGUAAUCUGACCCCAAAUGACAGUGCUGUCUACUUCUGUGGAAUUGCAUUUUCAGAUUCAUGGUCACCCCAUUCUAAGCAAACGGGAGGCGGGACCGUGUUAGUGAAAACAGGGGCUGAGAAGCACAAUACUGAAAAUCUUACUUCAAUGAUCAUCACCUUAUCCUUACUGCUUCUAUACAGCAUUGUCAUAUUCACAAUCCUUAUACUUCAUAAGCUAAAACCAGAACUGCUGAAGAAAAGCAGCAAAGCAGACCACAGAACAGAGAAUUGUAAAAUCAGUAGCGGACGAAAAAUUUUUCAAGCAAUUGCCCAAGAACUUCAGAAGCAGAGGUAUGCUGAAGACUGCCAACAGCCUGAUCACUUGGAAGAUGACACUGUUUAUCAGAACAGAUGAGUAUGUGCUGUAGCAUAGACAUGCUCAGUAUUUCUGAGGCAACUGAAGAGGUAGAUAAAGAAGUUCACCUUCUUCACACACUUUGCUUUAACAGGAAAAUAGCACCCCUAAGAGUAUAUUCUAAACAGAUCCAAACUGAGCACACUGAACAUUACACUCUCAUACAUCUCUCCCUCUCUGCAAGAAUGAAAAGAGUGGAAACGGACUUUACCUUUUGCAA